AUGGCUGCUUUUCUUCCACCUGGUGUUGUUUUCAUUCCUAAUGAUGAGAUUCUUAUUGGCUAUUACCUUGCCAACAAAAAUAAUGAAGACCUCCAUAUUUUCAAUGGCGCUCACAUGAUUAAAGAGAUGAACCUAUAUGAGUCUGAUCCCUUCGAAUUGUCUCCCGCGUCAUCCUAUUCAAUCUACAAUGGUAGGCACUGGCACUGGUAUUGUUUUACUGCAAAAAUUAACGAGGAAAGAAGAUAUUGCAAGACCGGAUUUUGGAAGAAGAAAGGAAAUGUUUGUAAUAUUACUAAUGCAGAUAACGUAGUUUUAGGAACUAAAACUCUCUUUGUUUUCUAUCUUGGAAAAUCCCCGAAUGAUUCAGAAAAAACUAAUUGGACUAUGUAUGAAUAUGCUUUGGUAGACAAUCCGCAGGAUGGUUUUGUUCUUUGUAGAAUAUUUGAUUGCCCAAUAGAGAUGAACGUGGAUAAUGAAUUUGGGCCUUUAUCUGAUGUUGAUGAAACUGAUUGUGAUGAAAGUUAUAAUGAGCUUGAGAAAUUCUCCGUAUGA